AUGGGUGCAAAAGACUCUGCCUGGAUAGAGGACGCUAUACCUGUAACGCGUUCAGCCAGAAGCGCCGACUCGGAAGACGUCCGGUACGACAGCCCGGUGACGAAACAGCUCGAGAAACGGUUGCUCCGCAAGAUCGACUACACUGUGCUUCCGCUGAUGGGUAUAAGUAUGCUCAUCUCCUUCCUGGAUCGCGGAAACAUUGGCAAUGCGCGAGUCUUGGGCAUGCAGAAGGACACUGGCUUGUCCAAUCAGCAAUUUCUGAACAUUAUCAUGAUGUUUUUCCUGGGCUAUGUCCUUCUCGAGCUACCGGCUUGUUUAUCUCUACGCUACGUUCACGCGCGUUUUGCAUUCGGAGUGCCCAUUAUGGCCUUCGGCAUUUUUGUCAUCCUCAUGGCUUUCUGCACGAGCUAUGCAGCUCUCAUGGUGCUUCGUGUGUUGGUAGGCUUGGGCGAGGUCUUCGUCAACAAUGCCUUCAUCUUCCUCACACUGUGGUAUAAGCCUGAGGAGGUGGCCCUGCGGAUCGCAAUCAUGUACACUUCCACAACCAUUGCUGGCGCCACCUCUGGCCUUAUUUCUUAUGCAUGUGGUGUCACGCUCGAGGGUCACGACGGUCUGUACGAUUGGCAAUGGAUGUUCAUCAUCGAAGGCGUCAUGGCUGUUGGUAUUGGGGUCAUAGUCAUGAUUUUCCUGCCGGGAACCCCGGACGAGGUGGCCAAGAAAGGCAGUCUCUUCAUCAAGAAAGAGGAGGAGCGGCAGCUCAUUGCCGCAAGAUACCACGCAUCUCACAACACAGCUGGCGAGGUCUUCCGCGCUUCACAGCUCCUCGUUGGCAUCCAAGACCCGAAAAUGUGGCUUGGCGCACUGACAGUGGGUUCUGGUGGUGUCGGCCUGGGUGCAUUCAGUGUCUUCUUACCAACACUUAUUCACGCAUUCGGUUUCGAUCCGCUACGCACACAGCUCUUCGUCAUGGUGCCGUACGCUUUCGCGCUCGUGGGCAUGAUCGCGUCCGCACUGAUCUCGAAACGGAUCGGACAAAGAGCGCCUGUCGUACUCGCCUGCCUCGGCACCACCAUUCUGGGCUUCAUUAUACUCAUCUCAGUCACGGGCCAGGUUGCCUCGAUGGUGGGAGCAUGCUUCGUCAUUACUGGAGCCUACUCUGGCGUUGUCCUCAGUGUCUCCUUCGUCUUGACUCUACAUGGUGGAUACACGAAACGAUCGUUAGCCGUCUGGCUGAUGCAGAUCGUCAUCAAUGUCUACAGCGUGGCUGCAACCCAGGUCUACCGAACCCCGCCACGCUUUUACCUGGGUCACGGUCUAGCUCUGGGCCUUUACUGCCUUGGUUUUGGGUGCGCGACGACGAUAUGGGUCAUUUGCAAGAGAGAAAAUGCUCAGAAGCUCAGGCGACGUGAGGAUUUCGCGGCGAAGGGCGAGGUGGAUCCUGACAUGGAGAAAAGCUACGAGGAGUUGUGCGACCGUCAUCCCGGCUUUCUCUAUGCGUUGUAG